AUGGCGGAAGAGAAAACUGAAACCGAUACGCAACAUAACAAUAAUUUCUCUAGUAUCAGCCCGACCCCUUUGCCUACCGUACGGCAGUUUCGCCGAGGAAUAUGGACCAUAACCUUCGAAGAGCAAAGCCGCACUUGGAAUCUUUUCUAUGAUGAUAUCCAGCGAGCGUACCGCGAUUUUCUUGAUUCAGGACCUGCUGCCUAUAGGCUUCUCGCUGAAAUUGUUUCCCUCGCUCCUAUCUCAUCCAUCACGCUCCUACUGUGCACUUCGUGGCUUGGUGUAUCUUCAUCUAUUAGCCUCGGUUUCUUGAGCUAUCUUUUGAACCUUUUCGAGCGUAGCUUUAGCAGCGGAACGGUGACUCAGAAAGAUUACGAGUUGAUCGCCAUCGUCUGGUGUUUGUUUACAGUGCUUGAUCUAAUCAUGGCUCGGCUGCAGAUUGAAGCUCAUAGCGUUCUACGCGCCCGUCUCAGAUCUCACUUCUUACCGAAACUCGUUAAUGCCAGUUUGCGCGUCGACCUUUUGACUUUGCAAGAUGAUACUUCCCAGUUUCCGUCAGUAGGGAACUUCGAAAAUGAAGUUCCUGGAUCAUUUUUCUUGGAAAGGCUACUUCACAAAUUCCGUACAGCAUUGACUCUUAUUUCCCAGAUAGUAGUAAUACUACGCGCUGUCUCAUGCAAGCACAGCCCAGAGAAAGAGAUUAUCAUGCUUCUAUGCAUCCUCCAUCCUAUAAUCAGAUGUUUGACGCCCUCCAACGGUAUUGGAUGUGCUGGGUACGUAUUCUGGACGGAAAAUCCCUUUUAUAAGCGCCUUGGAGUGCUGUACGAUCUGGCCUUCCUACCUCAAUGUCGUGCUGAUUUAAUAUUGGAUAAUUUUUCUACAACCGUUAACUCCGCUAAUGAAGAAUACGACCGCUCGACAAAAGCCUUGGGUCAUGUCAAAGAUCUCCCACCGGAACCUUGGCGUAAUGGAAUGCUUCAGCCUUGGUAUUGGGACUUCCUCACCAGUAUUACAAUUGAUCUCCCUUUGGUGGCAUACGUAUUGACUUUGCCAUCUCACAUCACUCCAUCUGCCCUGACAUCCAUCGCCUUGCUGCAUCAAGCUACGAAGGCAUUAUCCCUGAGCGUGGGUGAAUUAGGUAUAGACUGCACAUCUCUUAACCAAGUCUUUGCACGCGCAAAAUGGCUAUACGAUGGGUUAGAGCAGAAUGGCGGCAUGUUGAACGGAACGGCGGAUUAUCCUUGUGCUGUCAAGACUUCAACCAGAGGAAUGAGGAUAUCAUUCCGUGGUGUUACUCUGAAAUACCCUGACAGUCCCAAGGAUGCCGUGCAUGAUGUUUCUUUUGACAUCAUUCCUGGUUCCUUGGUAGUGGUAGUCGGCGUAAACGGUUCUGGAAAAUCAUCAAUGCUCAAGCUUCUGGCUAGACUGUUCGAUCCUUCUUCGGGCGAGAUCCUCAUAGACGAUGAACCACUUGCCUCCUACGAUAUGGAACAAGUCCGAGCCACUAUAACCUUCCUCUCCCAGUCUCCUUUCAUUUACCCCCUCUCUGUGAAAGAUAAUAUAUGUUAUGGUCUCGGCUCAGAUGUGGUACUCACGAAAGCUCAGCUGGAUACAGCAGCUCGCUUGGGAGGUUCUUAUGACUGGAUACAUAAGCUCCAGGAUGGAUAUGACAGUAUUAUAGACCCUUGGACGUCCAUCGGAAAUGGCAUCGAUGGAGGAACAUAUGGACCAGUGUCCGAAAGACUGAAACGGGAAUUGAAGUCGCACACAACACAAAGGGUCACAAUAUCAGGUGGAGAAAAACAACGGCUUGCAGCAUCGCGUACCUUUAUGAAAAUGAUCAACUCUCAGGCUGACUCUAGAUUAGUCGUACUUGACGAAGCAACUUCAUCCCUAGAUCCUAUCGCAGAGCGUGAUCUAUUGUCCGCUUUCCUCAACUUGAGGGAGGGAAAGACGAUGAUUUUUGUCACUCACCGGUUUGAACAUUUGGUAAAGAAUGCUGAUCAAAUUUUGUGA